CCUUUCCGAGACUGGUUUUGCAGUGUCAAGAGUUAUUAUCCAUGCUUAUCUCUUCUCGCUGCAAACAUGUGGGCCUGAUUCCCACGGAGGAGGUAAAUCUGUGCCGGCGCUGUACUUCUCAGCUGCAGGUGGGGGCUCGCAUAGUUGAAUUAUUCUCCCUUUCCAAAACAUUUCCUACACACACACAGUCGGAAAAAGGGCGCAUCCUAUCCUUCCUGGUUUUCUCUGUGCAGGGUUUUUUAUUUUGAUAGGGGAGCAUUUAAUUGUGUGUAUGCUGUACUAUUUCUGAUUGUAUGUGGGGCUCACAUAAUUAAAUAUUCACCCUUACCGAAGAAGAAGAAUCUACACGUAGAAAACCAGAAUGUUAAAGAGAGAGGUCUGUGCCUAGUCUUCUUAUUGAGGUGCUGAUUUUCUGUGUGCGGCGUGGGAGGAUAUGGACUAUGGAGUAUUUGGGCAUGUGAGCCUCCCCCUGCAGUCUGAAGUGGUACAGCCCAGAUGCAAGUUUACUAUCUCAGUGAAAACUAGGUUUGGCGCACCCUGUUUUGGUGCGCCAAAAUGCUUCGCAUUUUAGAUUUUUCAGUACCUCGACUUGCUUCUCUCCAGCAUCUUGUUCAGGGUCGUGUUGUAAAUUCACAAUGUUUGGGGACUUAUUUGAUGAAGACUUCUCCUUUUUGUCAAUCAAUCAAUAUGGGAAGCCCAAAUUGAAACUUAAGGAUGCUGAGCCACCACUUCCUCGGGAAAACACCAAUAUAAGUGGAAUAAGAAACCAGGGUGGAACCUGCUAUCUUAAUUCACUUCUCCAGACUCUACUUUUCACACCAGAAUUUAGAGAAGCACUGUUUUCCAUAGGACCUGAAGAACUUGGUUCUUUAGAAGACAGCAAUAAGCCGGACUCAAAGGUUCGAAUAAUCCCAUUACAGCUGCAACGGUUGUUUGCUCAGCUUUUGCUCUUGGAUCAACAGGCUGCAUCCACAACAGACCUCACUGACAGCUUUGGAUGGAAUAGUGAUGAGGAGAUGAGGCAGCAUGAUGUGCAGGAGUUAAAUCGGAUUCUGUUCAGUGCUUUAGAAACUUCCCUUGUGGGAACCUCUGGCCAUAACCUUAUAAAUCAGCUGUACCAUGGAAUUGUUGUUAAUCAGGUUAUCUGUAAAGAGUGCAAGAAUGUCAGUGAGAGACAGGAGGAUUUCUUGGACCUAACAGUUGCUGUCAAGGGUGUAUCUGGCUUGGAAGAAGCCUUGUGCAACAUGUAUGUGGAAGAAGAACAUUUUGAGAAAGAUAACUUGUAUCGGUGUGGAGCAUGUAGCAAGUUGGUUGAAGCCACGAAGUCUGCUAAACUACGCAAGUUGCCUCCAUUUCUCACAGUCUCUCUCUUGAGGUUUAACUUUGAUUUUGAGAAGUGUGAACGAUACAAGGAAACAAGAUGCUACACAUUUCCAGUUCGGAUAAACCUCAAGCCUUUUUGUGAGCAGACUGAGCUGGAUGAUUUCGAGUAUAUAUAUGAACUUUUUUCUGUUAUAAUACACAAAGGUGGCUGCUAUGGAGGACAUUAUCAUGUUUAUAUCAGAGAUAUUGAUGAAUUGGGAAACUGGCAGGUUCUAGUGGAGGAAAGCUACCUGAAUGAUGAAAAUGAGGAUUUGAAAGAUACUGAAAACACACAAGAGAAAGAAAAUCCAUUACCAAUCCUGAAAAACAUCUUAUCAGAGGAAGGGUCUACAGAAAUUGCUGUUGAUCAGCUGGCCCAGAAAUUCUUGGAAAAAAAUGGUGUGUCAUGGAACAAGAAAUACCGUAAGCAAUAUGGACCGAUACGGAAGUAUUUGCAGACCCAUUCUCAAGUAUUUCUGCUCACUUCUGAUGAAAGGAAAGUUAAAAUGAAUGAUCAAAGCCAUCCUCAGAAUGACAGUGUGAACAUGACAUCAGAAAAAACAUCAACAGCCAUCAUGGGACAUUCCUCUGAAUCUCACUGGUUUGAUUUGAAUGACUCCAAGGUUCAACCAAUCAAAGAAAAAGAGAUUGAGAAGCAGUUUCAGGGUAAUGAGAGUGCCUAUAUGUUGUUCUAUCGAAAAUCCCAAAUGACAAGACCAUCGGAAGCUCGAGGAAAUCCAAGAUACCGGGUUCCCAGUCACCUCUUGAAUGAAAUGGAUGCUGCUAACCUUAGACUGCAGAAGAGGAGGGCAGAAUGCAACUUGGUAGACAAUAAUAUUGAUUUGCACCUUCAUAUACACUCUCGCUAUAAACUUUACAAUGGGGCUCUGCAUCCAUUACUUCCCCAGAAGGAAAGUGUUCUAGAUCUUACUAUUGAUAAGAGACAAACAUUGGGAGACCUUCAACAAUUAGUAUUCCAGCUUUUGGAAUUUUGGGAAGGAGACCUGGUUCUUAGCCUUGCAAAACGUCUGCCAGCUGGACUGCAUAUUUACCAAACAUUGGAGGGUGAUUCUGCCUUGAGUGAUAUUGGGCUUUUUGAUGGAGCAGACAUAUUUGUGUGGAAUGGAAAGGAGGUGGAUGGAGUGGAAGUUCAGACUGGCAUUGACCAUGAACCUGUUCUUAUAAAUGUUCUUCAUUUAGCUGGACAUAAUGAAGGACGAAGGGGCCAGCAGUUUAUAGAAUCCCAGCAUGUAUUUUCAUUUAGUUCAAACCUGAGAACUGUUUGUGAAACGUUAACAUCGCCCAAAGGGAUUAUCUUAAAGAAUCAUUCAGGGUCUGAAAAAGAAACAGAAAAGUGGAAAGUCAUUCCUGAAGAAGAUAUGAAAAAGACACUUAGAAAUAUUGGCCUCACUGAUGGAAGCUCAAUACUUGUUUUAGACAGUCAUGACCAAAGCAUGGUGAAUGUGGCAGGCGGCAAUUUGACUUCUUUUACUCAUGAUAUCAGCUGGUUACAAGUAAAAAAUUUCUGUAGAUUGGAGCCUGAAGAGGUACAAGUUAAAAUUACUGCAACUAUUGAAACAAUGAUGGCAGAUAUCAGACUUAAAGCAAUAGAGGAAAUGCAGUUGGAGAAAGAGCUAGUGAACAAUACCUGUCUCAGACCCAUUAACAGAAAUGGAAAACUUCUCUGUCCAGUGCCUGAGGAUUAUACUGUUAAAGAAGCAGAGCUGAAAAUGGGAAGCUUGCUAGGUCUGUGCUUUGGGAAAGCACCAACCGCCACUCAGCUUUUCUUGUAUUUUCUUGUGGGACAUGAUCUGCAUUCUAGCCCAGAGAUGGAGAUAGUGGUGGAGGAGAAUACCUCUGUAAAAGAGUGUCUGAAUUUAAUGCUGAAGAAAGCUGGCUUAGCGGGGAACAGCUGGCAUCUGAGAAAGAUUGAAUGGUGUUAUGACGAUGGGAAAGCAUUAAAUGAAGAGGAUGCCACUUUGAAAGAACUUAAUAUCUGCAGUGGGGAUACGUUGAAUGUUGCUGAGGGGAAGCUUCCACCAAAGGGAUUCUUGAAAAUUCCUGUCUGGUGGUACAACCUUUUCUCUCAACUGGUGGGCAGAAGGAACAUGCAAGAUCAAGUGAACUGCAUCAGCAACAAUAUGGGGGCUCUGGGACUAUCUGCAUCUGGUGAUUCAUCAACAUUUAUACAAAGUGAAGUGGACCGAUAUUAUGUGGGCAGUAUAGAAAUCUCAGAAGAAGCUUUCCUGGAAGACCUGAAAAUUCAGGUGAUGACUUUGCCAUCCUUUCAGGAAUUUAGUGUUCCAUUACCAGAAUUCCUCCGAGUUUGGACAAUGGAAAAUAAGCAUCUGUGUAAGCUUUUACGAAACAAUAAGCAGCAACUCCAUGAACUCAAGCUAGGAAGCAGAACAGAAAUUUGUAUAGAAUUGUUACACAAGGAAGAGAAUCUUGGACCCAAGGAUUUGCUACUGCGGGUGCAGAUGGGCAUACCAGGAGAACGGGAUUAUUAUCAUCCUGUGGAUUUGAUAUGGGAUAUCUCCAAAGAAUGUACAGCAUCUGCACUGAGACAAAGAAUUGCUGCAUACUAUUCCUUGCCAGUGGAGAAAAUUGAAAUUGCUAAAUAUUUCCCAGAUAAGUUUGAAUGGAUGCCAAUAAGUAGCUGGACGCAGCAAGUUUCAAAGAGAAAAAAGAAGAAAAGUGACAGUUUACAGAUGGGACCCUACAGUUUGAAGGAUGGAGAUAUUGUCGGUGUGAAGAAUCUCUUACUUGAUGGCAGUAAGGACUUCAGUACUGUGAAAGAUGACAUUGGAAAACAAAUGCAGAAAAAACUUGCUGAGGACAAAACACGAACCAAGCAAACUGACUGUGUGCAAAAUGACAGUUUUUCUGGAAGAAAGGUGACUAAGCAUCAUAGACCUGAAGUAGCACUCUCCAUCAGUGUAGGGGUUUUCAGCUGACUCAGUGGACAAACCUUGCCAGUUUGUCUGAACUAGAAUGGAAUUGCCUCUGAGGACAGCCAAGGAAUAGUCUUCCCUGGUGCAUGUGCUUGCACUUCUUGAUGCAACUCUUGGCAAUGGAUUAGCAGAUGGCUGGAAUCUCCCUAUAUAUCCUAUUGUAGGGAAAUCGCAUUGGUUCUUUCAUCAUUUCACUACUUACUCCCAGGGUGGGUAUAUGCACUUUAUUAAUGAGAAGACAUAUGAAUACUAAAUAGCUUAAUCUUUCAACUAUUGUUUUGGAUUAACCUUUUAAAAAAAUGUUGAUUAUAUACUGUAUCAGCACGACAGCGUGUCCCCCCCCCACCAUGUGUUAUUUACAUCAAGGAAAAAUAAGAGGGCUGUUUCUUGCAUUACGUUCAAAGACAGGAGACUUCAGCAUUGCUCCCAUGUCUGAAAAUAUAGUGUGAUUAUUGCAUACAAGUAAUUCUAAGGGAGACUAUUUUCACACAUGGGGUGACUCUGAACAUACAGAAUGUAAGAAUUUUUAGUUAGGUUUAAUUUUAGUGCUCUCCUUUUGCUCCAUUUAUUCUGCUUGUUUAGGACUAGCAAUUUUGUGAGGCACAAAACAGCAAACAAACCAUUCAGAUCCCAGCAAAAUACUAAAACUCACAUUUCAGUACACCCUUCCCCCCGCCACAACAUAAUUCUGGCCAUUAAGUAUCAACUCAACUUUUAUUAAUUAUCAAGUGCUUAUACCAAAGAUUGGUAUUGGGGAAACGCAACAAAGGAUAUGCCAAAUUUCAUGUAGUCAGCCAAAAGAUAAUAUAAAAUAUAAAAAGGGAAACUGUUUGUGGCUUGGAUCCAAAGAUCCCACUGUGUGAGUGAAAGACUAGAUUGCAAAUUUCCUCCCUCACUUCCCACUGUUUACCGUCCCCCCCCCCAAAAAAAAACUGCUUUGGAAAGCACUUUGCUCUCUACAGCUAGUUUCUGGGGGUAUGGGCAGGUUACAGGUGUUGUGGGGUAGGAUUAUCAAAGCAUCCAAUAUGCUCUCUCAUUCUGGAUUAUCAUAUUUUGGCAUGGUUUGGACUAUAAUCUCCACUGCCAUCUUCUCUCUAUCUGCAUUGCAUGGAUAGAGGUUACACCUUCCCAUUCCACUCAACAAAUGUGCCCAUCCCAUAUGGGUGUAAUGUUUGAAUAUGGCUUACCUGCAUAGAAUUGAACAGUGUGAUUUGACAUCUCCGAUAAAAUAUGGGAAAUGACUGCAUGAUCUUGUUGGGUUUUAUGUAUGUACAUUCUGUUAAAUUGUUAUGCCCAUGCAUGAAUAUAUGGUGGCCUCUGAGAUAAAGGAGUGGACAGGGAAGGAAGGUGCACACCAUGCUUAAAUGAGGUUAUGGCGGAGGGGAGUGCUGUACAAACUGGGGCUUUGUAUAGUUUGAUUUGUUCUACCAAAACUUGCUACAAUCCUGUAUAAAUAGCAUGAAGUUCAGAAAGUUGUUAUACUGUAUUACCAAACUGAACAAAUAGAGAUGGAACAAUAGGGACACUGGAAAAACAACAGAACAGGGAUCUAGUAAAGAUCAAGAUGCUCAAUGACCUCUGAAUAGUGUUCCCCAAGAGCAGCCUAGUAUCUCAUAGGUCAUUGAAUAUAUUUUGUUUAUAUAGUCACAGAAAUGCGUAGUUAGCAGCAUGGGCACCCAGAGAGGGGGGCAAGGUGGGACAGUUCUCACCCCACCCCCAUUAAGCCAGUCCCAUUGAAUUUAAUGGUGCUUUGUCUCAAGUAAGUGGGUAUAGAAUUACAGCCCCCCACUCCAGAAAUAGUCCUGUGAACAGACACCCAUAUUCGGCAUCAUAAGCUUGCUGAUAACUCUACAUUGUAAAUAAAGAUUCAUAAAUUCACUCACUCACUCUACAUUGUACCCAAAUUUAAAAAGGCCACUGUGAUAGGGCUAUUGAUAUUGCUUUUGGAUAACAGGCAUUUACAGUUCAUUUUUAAAUGACUUGGCAAACGUAACAUAGUUAAACUGCUCCUUAGAUGCACACUGAUCCACCACAGAGUGAGCAAGCACUUCUCUCAGAGUGCUUUCCUGAGCGCCCAUAAUCCUCUGUCACAGCAGGAACACAUGCUGCCCUCAUGGGCUUCCACGAUGACAAGAGGGCUUUGGGAGCACAGGAGGAGAGUGCUCCAGAGUGUCCACUCACUCUGUUGAGCAAAUACGCAUAUGUAAGGGAACACAUGGAGCUGCGCAGGUAGUUCUAUUGCAUGCUCAAAGCUGCUGUUUAUGUGCACACUUCAUGAAGCAGGUUGUCAGGCCAUGCCCCACGAAGACACAGCACAUAAGCACAACAGUAUUCUGUGGCAGAUGGCACAACUAAGCUUAAUAAAGUCAAAUGGUACAAUCGCAUCUAGGAGAAAAUUCCUCCUGAAUCCUUUAUAUAGUGGACAAUCAAACAAGUUCUACCUGUUCAGCACUUGUCAACUGGGCUCCUACUUUGAAACUCUGACAUCUCUCAGGAAGGAAGACACGCGCAAGAUGCCAGGAAAUCUAUUUGAGGAAUUUGGGAAUAGCCCUCUUAAAAGAAAAUUGGAUUUCUUUAAGAAUAAUGAAGUCAUUUAAUGAACAUGAGGCUCGGAGAAAUGUUUAUAUGCAAAAAAGAAGUUUGUGCCUUUAAUAAUGUAAUAUAGCAGUGACUGCAGGAAGCCUGUACUAACUUGUUUGUGACAUUGGCUUGAUUAUUUUGUUACAAAAUUAUGGGGUAUUCCUCAAUGAAACAUUUUGUGAAAAAUAGUACCUUUGUAAAAUGGGAUGUUCAGGGUCCCACAAUUCUGGUUAUAUUAAAAUGUAAUUAUAAUUUUAUAUUUAAUUUGUAAUACACCUGAUCUUUGUUGUACCUGUAAACAGAAUAAAGAGUUUAAAUGUUUUGCUUAUC